GGGGGAGGCGGGCGUUCCUUCCCGUGCGGGGAUUGGGCUUCCUGACCGGGAGGAGGUGAGGAGGGCGGCCAUUGGCGGAAUUGGCGCCACUUCCCGCGUCACUCAGUUCCGUGGCGGGAAAAAGGAGAAGGAGGCGAAGCGGCCAAGAUGGCGGGAAAAGGCGGAGGUUGCGACUACGCGGAGGAGGCCGGUGAGCGCAGGGGCGGCGGCGGGCGGGAGGGCGCGGGCGGGCGGAGCCGAGCUGACCGUGUCUCUCUCUCUCUCCGCAGCGAGGGCUUCGGCGUUCCUGGAGGGCUUCUACCGGCAGAGCGAGGCGGGGAAGGAGUUCCCUUACGUGGAGCAGCUGGCAAGGCGGCGGGCGGGCGGGCGGGCGGGCGGGCGGGCGGCGGAGCGUGUGCAGAGUGCGGGGCGGGGGCCCCUCCUCGCCCCUCGCCGCCGCCGCGCUCACGCCCUUCUCUCUCUGGCUCCUUCCCGGCAGCGGCGGGUGGCGCAGCGGGAUCAGGUGGCGCUGCGCGUGGAUCUGGACGACGUGGCCGAGGAGGACCCGGCGCUGGUGGACUCGGUGUGCGAGAACGCGAAGCGCUACGAGAAGGUCUUCGCCGAUGCCGUCGCGGAGCUGCUGCCCCGGUACCGGCAGCGGGAGGUGAGCCUCGGCCCCGCUCCCUUCGCCAGGCUGCGGCCUUCCUGCCGCGGGGAGUUCCCCUGGUGAGCGCCGCCUUGCCUCUCUCCUCUCGCCCAGCAGGUCGCCCACAAGGAUGCGCUGGACGUCUACAUCGAGCACCGGCUGCUGCUGGAGGGGCGCGGGCGGGAGCCCGGCCAGCCCCACGACCCCCAGAACCAGUUCCCACCAGAGCUCAUGCGCCGCUUGUGAGUGCCGCCCCCUUUUGCCAGGCCUGGCCGGGAAUCCUGCUGCCUCUGCAGCCGCCCCUGCAAGCAGAGGGGGGCAUUUGCUGAGUUUCUCUUCUUCCGGUAGAAAUGGAAGCUGAGGAGGGCAGAGGAUGGGGGUGUCCUUUUCUCUACCUCCAGAUGUUGCUGCAAGGCCUCAUGGCCCACCGUGGUCUCACUCUGUCUCCCUCUGCCCCGUUUCAUAGUGAGCUGUACUUCAAGGCGCCAUCCAGCACCAAGGCCCAGGUGAUCCGGGAGGUGAAGGCUGAUGCCAUUGGGAAGCUUGUGGCCAUCCGGGGCAUUGUCACCCGCGUCUCUGAGGUGAAGCCUCGCAUGGUGGUAGCAACCUACAGCUGUGACCAGUGUGGUGCAGAGACCUAUCAGCCGGUGAGGAGACAGUCUUCCAGUGGGAAAGGGAAAUGCACAAGGGGGUGAUACCCCAGCCGAGGCUCCUUGUACCUGACCCCCCUUCCUUCUCCUCUUGCCUCCUCCCAGAUACAGGCCCCCAACUUCACCCCUCUGCUGAUGUGCCCCAGCCGGGAGUGCCAGACCAACCAAGCUGGUGGCCGACUCUACCUGCAGAGCCGUGGCUCCAAGUUCAUCAAGUAUCAGGAGCUGAAGAUCCAGGAACAUGUGAGCCUCUGUGUGUUUCUGUCAAAACAAUGGGCCCCUCUGCUGCUGUAGCCAUUUCCCCACUAACCACCCACGGCGUUCCAGGGGUGGGGUGGAGAGCCAAUAUCUAGCUGCUCAGCCACCAGUGGAAGCAGCGUGGGCCAGUGGUUGCAGAGAGCAUGUUUCACAGGCAAAAGGUCCCCAGCAUCUCAAAGCAAAGGUUGUUGGGUUAGUAUGACGGGGAAAGGCACAAUUUUACUUUAAGUGUUUCUGUCUUCCUCCUCAAUUCCCAAAGUAUUGUCGUAGUGGCUUACGAUAAAAGAGUAAAAGGCAAUGUUAGUUGGGUGGUUAACAUGCAGAACUGGUCAUUAUGCACAUUCACUGGACCCCCUGGAGAGUGUAUACAUAAUCUAGUUAUAAGGAAGGAAUUCUGCACAUUUCCCAGUCAAUGUGCACCUGUCAACUGGCCCAAAGUGGUUCUAGUCCUUGGGCCCCAAGGAAGGGCGUCUUUUGGAGCAGCCCUGUGAUUGGCUGCCUCCUUCACAGCAGGUGGGCCUGUCCCUUCCCUCAAGGAGGCACUCACCACUUGUGGAGGCUGAGCCACUCCAUGUCCACAUCCUUGGGGCACAGCAAGUGACAUUCAGACAUAACCCAAGACUGGAUGCCACACUGGAAACAUCAAGCACCCCAAAGCAAUUUGCUUAACAAGACACAAGCAAGGGAGGAGCUGCUUUCCUGCCAUCUCUGCCGCAGAGCAGGCUUGACAGUGGGCUAGAUCCUGCAGGGGCCAGUGUGGUGGCUGUGCAGCUGCUGCCUCUACAAGCACCUCCAGGUGGGGGGCAGGGACUCUUUGCAGUCUCUGGGUGCGUGGUGGGGAGGUCUUGGGCAGGUGCUGGGGUCAGAGUAGGCAGUGCUGUUCUGGGCUAGGGCAGGUGGGUGGGUGAUUGGAUGUUCAGAAACCUCCAAGGAAGGUGAUGGGCUCUCCUCAUUGAAUGUUUUUCAACAGAGGUUGGGCGGCCAGGGAUUCUUUCUGUAUGAUCCCUGCAUUGCAGGGGAUUGGAGCAGAUGGCCUGUCUGGUGCCGGGGCAGAGGGUCUGGAUGCACUGGAAGGGCGAGGAGGGGGCCCUGCUCUCACCUCCCCCUCCCUCCCUCAUAGAGCGACCAGGUGCCAGUGGGGAACUUACCGCGUUCCAUCAGCGUCAGCGUGCAAGGGGAGAAUACGCGCCUUGUGCAGCCAGGGGACCACGUCAGCAUUACUGGCAUCUUCCUCCCUGUGCGGCAGAUGGGAUUCCGGCAGGUCCUGCAGGUGGGAGAGCAGUAGGUCAAGCUGGGAGGGGUCUGGGGGUGGUGCUGGGGCUCUGGACUGAGCACAUGUCUUGCUGCAUUGUAGGGCCUUCUGUCUGACACAUACCUGGAGGCCCACCACAUCGUCUGCAUGAGCAAGAGCGAGCAGGAGGAGCUGGGUGGAGGGGGCCUCACGGAGGAGGAGCUGCGCCAGAUCACAGGUGAGGGGCGGCUUUAUCCUCCCUGCCCCUCUGGCCCCAUGGGGCUUGGAAAGGGCUUCCAGGAAGCUGGUUGUGGUGUGGAAGUGGUGCUCUGGCCUGCCUUGUAUAGUCUGGUUCCAAGAUGCUUUGGGCAAAAUCCCUUCUCUCUUUUUUUUUUUUAAUAAAUAUUUAUUAAGGUUUUUACAAUGUUACAAAAUGAAAAAGAGAAAAGAAAAAAUACAAAAUAAAAAUAGUUAAAAACAAUUCAAUCUUUUCAUCACUUAUCUUUCAUUUACUUGUUUCCCGGACCUCCUCAUACCUCCCCUUUUUGUAUUCCACUUCAAUUUAUUAGUUUAGCAAUUCCUUUCCCUCCUUAUUUUAUCCUGAUCUUUAAUCUUAAUAUAUUAUAACCUUAGUUUACCUAUUAAGAAUCCAAUUUUUUCAUAUUCUUUUAUACCAUUACAGCUAGAAACCACUUAACUUCAAUCCAACAUCAUUCUAACAUUCAUUAAUUUUGCAAUAUUUCUGUAAAUAGUCUUUAAUUUUCUUCCAAUCUUCUUCCACCGACUCUUCUCCCUGGUCUCGGAUUCUGCCAGUCAUUUCCGCCAAUUCCAUAUAAUCCAUCAGUUUCAUCUGCCAUUCUUCUAGAGUGGGUAGAUCUUGUGUCUUCCAAUACUUUGCAAUAAAUAUUCUUGCUGCUGUUGUAGCAUAUAUAAAGAAAGUUCUGUCCUUCUUUAACACCGAUUGGCCGACUAUGCCCAGAAGAAAGGCCUCUGGUUUCUUCAAGAAGGUAUAUUUAAAUACCUUUUUUAAUUCAUUAUAAAUCAUCUCCCAGAAAGCCUUAAUCCUUGGGCACGUCCACCAUAGGUGAAAGAAUGUACCUUCAGUUUCCUUACAUUUCCAACAUUUAUUAUCGGGCAAAUGGUAGAUUUUUGCAAGCUUGACUGGGGUCAUGUACCACCUGUAUAUCAUUUUCAUAAUAUUCUCUCUUAAGGCAUUACAUGCCGUAAACUUCAUACCUGUGGUCCAUAACUAUUCCCAGUCAGCCAUCAUUAUGUUAUGUCCAACAUCUUGUGCCCAUUUAAUCAUAGCAAAUUUCACCGUUUCAUCCUGAGUAUUCCAUUUCAACAGCAAGUUAUACAUCUUUGACAGAAUCUUAGUUUUGGGUUCUAACAAUUCUGUUUCUAAUUUUGAUUUUUCCACCUGGAAGCCGAUUUUCUUGUCCAAAUUGUAUGCCUCCAUUAUCUGAUAAUAAUGAAGCCAGUCUCGCACUUUGUUUUUUAGUUUUUCAAAACUCUGCAAUUUCAAUCUAUCUCCAUCUUGUUCCAAAAUUUCCCAAUAUUUCGGCCAUUUGACCUCCAUAUUGAGUUUUUUCUGAGCUUUCGCUUCCAUCGGUGACAGGCACCUUGGGGUUUUAUUUUCCAAUAAGUCCUUAUAUCUUAUCCAGACAUUAAACAGUGCUUUCCUGACAAUAUGGUUUUUAAAUGCUUUAUGCGCUUUGACCUUAUCAUACCACAAAUAUGCAUGCCAUCCAAAUACGUUGUUAAAACCUUCUAAAUCCAAAAUGUCUGCGUUUUCAAGAAGCAGCCAUUCUUUCAACCAGCAAAAAGCUGCUGAUUCAUAGUAAAGUUUCAAGUCUGGCAGGGCAAAUCCACCUCUUUCCUUUGCAUCUGUUAGUAUUUUAAAUUUUAUUCUAGGCUUCUUGCCCUGCCAGACAAAUCUAGAAAUAUCUCUCUGCCACUUCUUGAAACAGUCCAUUUUGUCCACAAUUUGCAAUGUUUGAAACAAAAACAACAUUCUGGGCAAUACAUUCAUUUUUAUCGCAGCAAUACGGCCUAGCAGUGAAAGCUUCAAAUUUGACCAGAUUUCUAAAUCUUUUUUCACUUCAACCCAGCAUUUUUCAUAGUUGUCUUUAAAUAAAUUCCCAUUUUUUGCUGUCAUGUUAAUCCCCAAGUAUUUGACUUUCUUAACCACUGUUAAACCUGUCUCAUUCUGAAACCUCUCUCUCUCAAUUGCUGUUAAAUUUUUCUCUAAAACCUUGGUUUUUGACUUACUCAUUUUAAACCCUGCAACCUGACCAAAUUCUUGAAUCAGUUCUAAAACCCUUUUGGUACUAGAUUCUGGCUCCUGUAACGUCAAUACUAAGUCAUCUGCAAAUGGUCUCAAUUUGUACUGUUUGGCUCCGACCUGUAUACCUUUAACCAACUGGUCCCUUCUCGGGCAAAAUCCCUUCUCAGAAGAGGUGCCUCAGAGCUGGCAGCGAAACAGAGGAAGCAGCUGCCUUAUACUGAGUUAGACCCAGGGUAUAAGGCAGAGAGUCUUUCCCAGCCCUACCUGGCGAUGCUGUUGGCAGGGAUUGAAACGGGGAAGUUUCUGCAUGGCCCUUGGGCAAUGACUGUCCAGGAAGAGAACUUUGGGGUCAUGGCAGAGAUCUCGCCCAAAGUGCUGCCUCCUUGUUCCUGGCCGAAGUGAAGCCAGUCUUGGCUUGCUGGCCCCUCCUGUAGGCAUCUCCUCCUCAGCUGCCUCAGCUGGAAUCUAAAUCGUAACCACCUCUUUCACACCCUGAUUUGGAGAGUUUCUCUGGAGGCCGGCUGGCUUCUGUCAGGGAUGUGCUUCUGUCCCUCAAGCAAGAUUACUGGCAAACUCCCUUGUGCAGGGGGUGGGGCAUCUGUCCGUCACCAUCCCACGCAGUGCCUCCCAGCCCCUUCCUGCCCCCGGGAUCCUGAAUUGCCCAAGGGGCUGGUGUGGUCUGGUUGGGUGCCUGGAAGGUGCAGGGCAGGGGCCCCUGCCCCUCACUCACAUCUCCCUUCUGCUGAUUCCCUUGCAGAGGAGGAUUUCUAUGACAAGCUGGCGGCCUCCAUCGCCCCCGAGAUCUAUGGCCAUGAGGAUGUCAAAAAGGCCCUCCUCCUCCUGCUGGUGGGGGGCGUGGACCAGAACCCCCGGGGCAUGAAGAUUCGGGGUAAGGCCCCCAUGGCUGCAAGCAGCUGCUCUCCUGCGCCUCCUUUCUCCCUCUGCCGCCAUCUCUGCUCUGGGGCCUUUUCUGCAAAGUGCUGCCUUUGCUCUCAAGGGUGGGGCGAUGUUUUCUCCAGAGGUCAGAGGCACCCCUGGAUAAUGUGCCCUCUUCUUCCCACUCCCGGACCUUGUAGGGAACAUCAACAUCUGCCUCAUGGGGGACCCUGGUGUGGCCAAGUCCCAGCUGCUGUCAUACAUCACGCGCCUGGCGCCACGCAGUGAGUACCACUUCAGGGUCCACUGACUGGGAUACUGCAUGGGACUGAGCAUGGGACCUUCUUCUUGCAAGGCAGAUGCUCUGUCCCUGAGCAGCGCCUGUCUGGCUGAUGUUGCAGCUGCUUAGUUGACUCCCUCUGGAAGUUACCCAGCUCCCGCUAAGGAGACCUACAGGCUGCCACGGUGGGGGGAGCAGGGAACCUGAGGUCUCCGCUUCAGAAGAAGCUACAAGGGGGUGGGCAGAGGGGUCUCCCCAGGGUCUUCCUUCCCACGGCUCUCAGCCAGAUGGGCAGGUGUCUAUGGAAAGGUAAUGCUGCUUAGGCCCUGAAGGCACACCAGAGCAGCCCUUGGUCUCAGAGGCCACUUCCACCCCCUGGGCACCUUGCUUUCAGCUUCCUGCCAUGUGUGUGUGUUGGGGGAGAGUGCACAAGGCUUUCUCUGUGGUGGUCCCCUUGCCUCUAGAAAGGCCUCGCCUCUGAGGUGCAUCUCGCCAUGAUACUGAUUUCGUUUUGUCAGUUGGACAAGACACCCCUUUUGCUCAGGUUUUGGGGGAGGGCCGAGGCUUAUGAGGCCCAUGGAUUUUUUGUGCAGCCGGGGGCCUUAUUUUGUGUCACCCAGUCCUUGAAGCUUAGCUCUGAGGGUGGAUGUUUCCUGCCCUGAGCCCAGGAGCGUUGGGUGAGGGCGGAGGAGAGCUGCUGUAGUGAUGGGCCCAACUUCCGUCCCGUUCUCCAGGCCAGUACACCACGGGGCGUGGCUCCUCUGGGGUAGGGCUGACAGCUGCUGUGCUGCGUGACCCACUGACGGGGGAGCUGACCCUGGAGGGGGGCGCACUGGUGCUGGCUGACCAAGGCGUCUGCUGCAUCGAUGAGUUUGACAAGAUGCUGGAAGCAGACCGAACGGCCAUCCAUGAGGUGAUGGAGCAGCAGACCCUCUCCAUUGCCAAGGCUGGCAUCCUGACCACGCUGAACGCCCGCUGCGCCAUCCUGGCGGCUGCCAACCCCACCUAUGGCCGCUACAACCCCAAGCGCAGCCUGGAGCAGAACAUCCAGCUCCCGGCUGCCCUCCUCUCCCGCUUCGACUUGCUGUGGCUCAUCCAGGACCGGCCGGACCGUGACAACGACCUCCGGUGAGCAGGGGCCACAAGGCGCUGCAGAUGAGGCCCUUCUCCUCCCUUUCCCCCCCCCCCCCCGGGUUUUGCUGCUUUUUCUAAAUGGUUGCCUGUUUUUUACAGUCUUGCCCAGCACAUCACGUACGUGCACCAGCACAACCACCAGCCCCCCUGCCAGUUCCAGGAGCUUGACAUGGGCCUCAUGAGGUGAGGGGGAAGGGCUUUCCAGCCCCAGGGGCCAUACAGUGGCUGGGCCACUGCGCAUGGUGUAGGGAGGGUGGCUCCCAUGCAGCGGAGGCCUUGGGUCAGGGCUCGUCUCCUUGCGUCUCCUGCCAGGCGGUACAUUGCCAUGUGCAAGCAGAAGCAGCCAGCGGUGCCUGAGGCUCUGGCAGACUACAUCACGGCCGCUUAUGUGGAGAUGCGGAAGGAGGCCUUGUCCAACAAGGACACCACCUACACUUCGGCCCGCACCUUGCUGGGGAUCCUGCGCCUGGCCACUGCCCUGGUGAGUAGAGCGCAACAACAACAACAAUAAUAAUAAUAAUAAAAUUUUAUUUAUAUCUAGCCCUUCCCAGCCGAAGCCGGGCUCAGAUCGGCUAACAACAUUAAAAUGAUACAACAUUCUAAAAUCAUUUCAUUAUAAAAUCAAUUCAAAUCAGAUUAAUGGCAACCAUUGGGCUAGAGUUCUGUGAGGAUUGCCAAAGGAGGGGGUCAGGCUGUGCCCUGGCCAAAGGCCUGGUGGAACAGCUCUGUCUUGCAGGCCCUGCAGAAAGAUGUCAAGUCCCGCAGGGCCCUAGUCUCUUGUGACAGAGCGUUCCAAGAGUCCUGCAGCAGCUGACCAAGCCAGAAGGAGCCACCGUAGCCCCAUGUCUGGGAGCCCAGCUGGCUGCCUUUUCUGGGAAGCCCAUCAGAGCCUCAGGGCAGCAGUUCUCCCCACUCACAGUUGCCAACAGCUGCUACCCAGCUCUGAUGGUGGAGGUGGAAUAUAGCCAUUGCAGCUAGUGGCUGCCAGUAGCCUUUUGCUCCCCCCGGUUGUCUCAUCCUCUUCUAAAACCAUCUGAGCCAGAGGCCACCAGCACUGCAUCUGUCUGCUCUAAUUCUUCCAAUGUUCAGCUCCCCCCCCACCCCAAAAUAAAAUAAUUAAUUGUAGUUCUGUCAUAUCUAGUUUCCUCCCAGCAACUGUAGUUGUAGUCUCCAUGCUGUCCUCUGGCCAAUACUUCAGAGGGAAGCAGGUUAAUCCAUCCUAGGCCACCUGCUCCACCUUCUCACUUCUAGAAAUUUGUGUGGAUACAGCAGAAAUUGCAGUGGGCCAAACAUCUUUUUAGAAUACUUUGCUUUCCUAUUUUUCUUUUUUUAAUCCUAAGAAGCCCGCUUAGAGUUGACCCCUGCAAUUCUGGUGCCUGCACUGAAAGGGUUUCAAUGCAGCGGCAGGACCUUGGAGGGCAUCGCUUGGUGGUUUGGAGCAGGAAGGGAACUGUUUCUUCUGUGUGGUGGUAGAGGGACCGUGGGUGAGCCGGCUGACAUUGUGGGGCUCCUCUUUAGGCUCGUCUGCGGCGUGUGGACUUGGUUGAGAAGGAGGAUGUGAAUGAAGCCAUGCGCCUCAUGGAGAUGUCAAAAGAUUCCCUUCUGGCAGACAAGGGGCAGACAAGCAGGUAUUGUAUUGUCAUAACCUCAUGCUGUGGAGUGGGGGCAUCAGACUUCUCUUGGGCUACUGGAUUGACCUUCCCCCUCCCCCCCUCCUACUGCAGGACUCAGCGCCCCUCUGAACUGAUCUUUGCAGCCAUCAGGGAAUUGGUUCCGGCUGGGGGACCUCGCUCUGUGCACCUAGCAGCAGCUGAGCAGCGCUGCGUCUCCAAGGGCUUCACUCCUGCCCAGUUCCAGGCUGCGCUCUCUGAGUAUGAGGAGCUCAAUGUCUGGCAGGUGAACCAGAAAAAGACCCGCCUCACUUUUGUCUGAGCCCUGCUAGCCUGCAGGAGGUCUUGGUGCCUGCUCUCUCCCACCUUGGCUUGGACCUGGGCUGGGGGACUGCUUGCAGGGUGUCUCCUGCUAUCGCUUUUAUUAAGACUGGCAUUUUCCCCCAAUAAAGCAAUUAAUUUGUAUA